AUGCUCAAUAACUCGAAAUUCUCAAACGAGAUCUAGAAAGGAGGGAGUCCAUAGUAAUCAACUGUUCCUCCUCCAAUUUAAGAUUCAAUAGAUCAGCUAAAGCACUUACUUAAAAAGAUCAAAUUCAACAGACAACUUCAUUCUAAAGACUUUUUGACUGGUUCGAUCUCUGUUUAUAUUCCUAUUAUUCAUUACUCCUUGCUGAUAUAUUCUAAGCUAGUGACAAAAUUUAUUGAAUAAAAAGGUUAUAUUUUACAAACUAAAAAUGAUCAUCAAUUUAUGGAAGAUGUCUAUAGCUUACUUGAUAAGCAUUUCACCUAUAAGGUUCCACUGAGCUUGAACCAAUUUUUCUUAAAUGGAUUUAUUGACUAAAAGAUCGGGUUUUGUAUUGAUUUGAUAAAAAUGGUAAAGAAUAAGCAUCAAAUGCUAAGCAAAAGAAGCUCAAGUGUAAAAGAAAAUAUUAAUCAUUAUGAAAAAAGUGAAAGGCAUUCAUUAGGAGUAAAUAACGGUAUGCAUCAUAAUGACGAAAAAAUAGAUUUACAACUGCAACAAUAAGUAAAUAUUACGAAGAAACAAAAUAAUAAGGCUAAUGAAGCAAACAUGAGAGGCACUAAAUCAGUCAGAUUCUUAGAGUAGCAAAAUAAAGCAGUGAAUGGUGAAAAGGUCAUAUCACAGGAGCCUCUGAAAGAUAAGAGAAACUUUACCAAUAUAAACUCAACAAUUGACAGUUCUAUGGAUAAAUCUAAGAUUUCAUUUAUUGAAGUUGACAACUAUCUCAAAAGAGCAGGGAGUCCAUAGCCUACAAGUACUUAUGAGUAAAAAAGACACUCAAUGGGUGCAAUAUUGAAGUCCAAUAAUAAGCAAGGGAGUGAUCAAUUAACAAAUAUUAGACCACCUGCUCAGAAUGAAUCUUGCCCAGUAACUACUAGAGGAACUGAAAGCUUUAAAUAACCUCUGUAGCUCUUGAUUAAUGAUCCAAAGACUGAUGCUAUGAGAGAUAUUGGUGGUAAAAUUGAAAGUUAAAGAAGUGACAAUUCUAAGAACAUCGUAUUCGAAACCUAAUCAAAAUCUAAUCUUAAAGCAUAAUAAGAUAAGCACACUUAGCCAUCAAGUAGAUCUAAGCAUAGUGAAUUUCAAUAAAAAGAAGGAGGGCAUUAAUAAUAGAGUCAUACGCACUUUGAAUAUAAAACUUACAGUAAUUAUCAGAGUAAGUAGUAAAGCAGCAAUCCUUAAACAAGCCAGCCUAAAACACAAGUUUAUGAUUAAAACAAAUAAAUCGAACUCUUGAUAACUAGAAAUAAAGAUUUAGAAACAAAGGUAACUUAGCUUCAUGAUUCAGUAAGAGUGAUAAUUUAGAAUUUCUAAACUUUCCAAAAUUAUGUGGAGGACAAGAUAAAUUAACUUGAGGUAGAGAAUACAGAUCUAAAAAAUAGACUUCUAAAUAAUGAGAAGCAAAGACUGCAAUCAGAUAGAUCUAAUUCAUUAAUAUCUCCACUUCAAUCGAAGCCUAGCAUUGAUUUUAGAACAAAAGAGGAUAAUGGGGUUACUAACUUCAAAAAAGAUUCAUAAAAAGUUGAAACUCUUUAUUCGCAGUAUUCCAGUAGAUAUCGAUCAGAAAAGAGAUAGACUACUCAAAAUAGUGGAACAAUUGAUAAUACUAAGAAUAUACAAAUUCAGCCGAUGUCAUAGCUUGACAAGUAUGACAGCAAUAGAUAUCUUGAUGAAGAAUACCUUCAAAAUUUGAGAAAGAAUUAUUCUCAUUUAGGUGGAAGUAAUGGAUUCUAAAGUAAUAGAGUAACAGAAAAAUCUGAGAGAAAAGAUGACUUAAAUGGUUUGAGAGCCACUGGUGAAUUCAGACCCUUGGAUGAAAAAAAUCACCCAGGUGUUGAUAGAAAGCUAUAACAUAAAAAUAUGUCAAGUUCUUCAGGAUUUGCAGAUUAAAAGAGACAAUCUUUCAAAAGAGGUGAAAGGCAUAUGUUCUCUGAGGUAUCAAUGAACAAUAUAGAAAAUACAUUUGGAGGAGGGGCUGCAAAUCAAGCUGCAAGAGUCGACUCAUAAAAGAAUAUGGGCUCAGAUUUUGUUUCACUUAGAAGUAAGUCUAAUGAGAGGGAUAGCGUAAAUAGAGGUUCUGCAGGGGCUGAAUCUAUUGCGAAUAGAUGGGCUUAGAGCAGACCAAGUUAUUAUCAUCAUUUAUAUCAAGAUAGAGAGACAGUUAAAAAUCAAUAAAGAUUAGGUUAUGAAGAGCAAAGAAGGAAACUAUUAGCCAAUAGAUAUGAUUGA